ACGAGCUGUGAUGCUCUGACAGCCAAGCGUCCCCACAGUCUAACGAAUAUGACACAACUUCAUUUACGAUAUUGACUAAACAAGAUGCGUAUUAAUUUUCCUCUCUCGGUUGCAGUGUAAAGCCAUGCGGAUGAAGAUGUCGUACCUUUGUAUGUGAUGCGGCGCACGAGUCGACGCGAGUGUUUAGGCAGCAGAGAGGCUGAAAUCCUCUGUUUAGUUCUAGUAUAGGAACCUGGUGGUUGAGAGAACCACACAGUGUGUGUGUGUGUGGUGUAGUACGACAGAGUGUGUCGUGUCUUACUUGCUAUCGAGGAUACAGCGGAAAGCCAGCGAGUCGAUACAACGCUACUCGGCAGUACACUACCCGGCACUGCAAGGCUUUGUCAUUGUACGGGAGUUUACAUGAAUCAGACGAGUUGGGCGAAAUGUGCAGGCGAUGGCAAGUCGGUAGUGAGAAAAUCCAUAGAGGAAAUAUUUAGCCUGUAGUAACACCCCGUCAGCUGGCCGAGAUCGCCCGGGCCCCGGAGACCGAGCUGUCUAUUGGUUGGACUGAUAUCUCCUUUGGAGACCUGUUUCUGGUCAAAACGCUGCUAUUAUACAGCUAAUGUUACUAGUGUAUGUAAGAGGAUAUACUAAUUAAAAUAUAUUAUAUAUAUAAUUCUUUUGUUGGAAAAAGAAAUUCAUACAUACAAAAAUCUUGGGCUGACUAAGAUUAUGGUGAAGUGCCCGCAGAGGAUGGGGUAGCAGUUUAUUCCAGGAGUAUAUAGGCGGGUAUGUUACAAACAUGCCAGUCAGGCGAGGUCACGUGGCGCCACCAAAUAUUUUCAUCGACACUAUCAUCAGAAAAUUCGACGAACAAAAUCGUAAAUUUGUGAUUGCAAAUGCCCAAGUUGAGACAUGUCCCAUUCUCUUCUGUAACGAUGGAUUCUGCCAGCUCACAGGAUCUUCCCGAGCCGAGGUCAUACAAAAGUCGUGUAUCUGUGACUUCCUGCAUGGCCCUCUCACCAGCUCCUUCGGGAUCCUGCAGAUCAAAGACGCCUUACAGGGGUCGGAAGAAAAGCAGGUGGAAAUUCUUUACUACAGAAAGGAUGGAUCCAAGUUCUUAUGCAGUGUCCUAACUGCCCCUGUGAAAAAUGAACGAGGGGAGGUUAUCAUGUUUAUCAUCAAUUAUGAAGACAUCUCAGAGCAUGCCACUGCCACCACCCUCAACAAACCAGAAAACAAUGUCAAAAACAGCAAGUCAGGACGCCACAGAAGCUUCAAACUCCGCCUGCCAUCGAUACGACGAGAUUUCAACCGGUUCAAAUCCUGUGGGAUGGAAAAGAACCAAGACCCUGAGAACCCACCCAUUUCUGAGGAGGCUGUCCCUCUCAACUCACUUCCUUACCUUGAUAAUGAAAUUCCGCCAAACUCGCCAAUUUUCCGCUACAAAAAGACCGGUUCAGACAUUCCAGCCCCCAACUCCCGCACCGGUGCUUACAUUAGACGUGCAUCAUCCCUGGAGGGCCUCGACGGCGAGCCGGUUAUCCCUGCGUCAGACUUAUAUAUUGCCAAUGGCCGGGCGCGGGCCUACACCGUAGGGUCAUGGACAGGGAACCAUGUCAAAUCCAACUGUAUCAACCAAACAUGCAGUGACUCCGAACUUGCCAAACACAGAACUAAACAGUUGACGGACAGUUCUGGGAAUUUGUUAGCCGACUCCUUCCAGAUGGGCUGGACCCAAGAAAGGGACGGAGUUAUGCCAGGGACUGGUAAAGGCGUCUUCCUUCCCAACGUUCAGAAUAUGAAGCAUAACGUGUCUGAAAAAGUGGCCCAGGGAAGUUCUGUCAAGGCCCAGAUAGAAGAAAUGGUAUUGUCUCUGGGGGCGGAUGUGUUGCCAGAAUACAAGCUUCAGUCACCCAGAAUCCAUCGCCUCACAAUCCUUCAUUAUUCUCCGUUUAAAGCCGUAUGGGAUUGGAUAAUUCUCCUUCUUGUUAUUUACACGGCUAUAUUCACGCCCUAUGCGGCAGCGUUCUUACUGAGCGAAGAAAAUAAUCGGAAAACUGAUGGUAACAAAAGUAUUGAGGUGCGGUACCAGAAUCCAAUGACCAUCAUAGAUUUGAUCGUUGAUAUCAUGUUUAUAAUUGACAUAUUGAUAAACUUUAGGACGACAUAUGUAAAUAAAAACGAUGAGGUGGUCAGUCAUCCGGGCAAAAUUGCUGUGCAUUAUUUCAAAGGAUGGUUUCUUAUAGACGUGGUAGCGGCCAUUCCCUUUGACCUUCUACUGUUCGGAUCGGAGACGGACGAGACAGCAACACUGAUUGGACUAUUAAAAACAGCUCGUCUCCUCCGAUUGGUUAGAGUAGUUAGGAAAUUGGACAGAUAUUCGGAAUAUGGUGCAGCUGUGUUGUUGUUGCUAAUGGCAACAUUUGCACUGAUAGCCCAUUGGCUAGCCUGUAUAUGGUACGCCAUUGGUAAUGUUGAGAGACCUCACCUUCCUCCGCCAAAGAUCGGUUGGCUGGACCAGCUAGCAGAACAAACUCAUCAGCAAUAUGUUAAUGGAACAGGUGGACCAACCAUAAAAUCAAAAUAUGUGACUGCCCUAUACUUCACCUUCAGCAGUCUGACCAGUGUGGGGUUUGGUAAUGUGUCUCCAAACACAAACUCUGAGAAGAUCUUCUCCAUCCUCAUCAUGUUGAUUGGAUCAUUGAUGUAUGCCAGUAUAUUUGGUAAUGUAUCAGCAAUAAUUCAAAGAUUAUACAGUGGAACAGCCAGAUACCAUACACAGAUGCUACGAAUCAAAGAAUUCAUCCGAUUCCAUCAGAUUCCGAACCCACUCCGACAGAGGCUUGAAGAGUACUUUCAGCAUGCAUGGUCAUAUACAAACGGGAUUGAUAUGAACAUGGUACUGAAAAGUUUUCCAGAAUGUUUGCAGGCCGAUAUUUGCCUGCAUUUGAAUAAAACAUUGAUCAACAAUUGUCAAGCUUUUAAAGGUGCCAGUCCUGGAUGUUUGCGGGCACUGUCCAUGAAGUUCAAGACAACACAUGUUCCUCCUGGGGACACACUGCAGCAUCGUGGAGAUGUCCUAACUGGCCUCUACUUCAUCUCCCGAGGCUCCAUAGAGAUUCUUAAGGAGGAUAUCGUUGUAGCCAUACUGGGUAAAGACGACGUGUUUGGGGAGAAUAUAUGUAAACACGAAACAAUUGGCAAGUCGAGCUGUAACGUACGCGCCUUGACCUACUGUGAUCUACAUAAGAUUCAUCGGGAUGACCUCAUGGAAAUACUCGAUAUGUAUCCUGAGUUUUCUGAACACUUCACCAAAAACCUAGAAGUUACCUUUGACCUCAGAGAUGAAGAUCUGGUGAUUAGGCGGCCGGACAAUGAGAAUAGCUAUGGUGCUAGACAGAUGUUAAGGAAGAGACGAUCAGUGAAGUCGGACCACUCCUCGGGGUCAGGGUCUCCAGAUGAGGCAAACAAAGAAUACAAGUUCCGCCCAUCACGUGCACGUCGGUUACGACGGCAUGUUAGCCAUUCGGAAGGCCAGAUGAUGUCCACGUCAUUUGACUCCAGUGAGGAGGAAAUCCAAGAAAGCGGGGCGGGUAUCCUUGAGUUCUCGCCCAAUAAGGCAGGUCAUGACAUCACUCCUGCCAACUUUGAAUUUGAUUCCAAAGAUGAUAAAAAGCGGCCAGGGUUCUCCUCCAUUGCAGCUGGAGCCCUGGCUAACGUCAACAAUCUCGUGAAUGCUGUAACUGGACGCUACGACCAUCAGGGCAAGAAAAUGGACCAAGACACUGCACCUCUGUUACAGGACCAAAGCCAGAGCCAGAGUUCAGACACACAGCUGUGGCUAUUCCAGCCCAAAGGGAUGUCCAGUUCCAGUAUGCCCAAGUCCACCUCGUCCAUGACACUGCCUGUGUCCAGUCCCUCAACACAGUCCCAGUUUGAGGAGGCUCAAGGACAGACAACCUUCAUUCCCACGGAGACCUGUCCAGGUGACCCCAACGAUGGCCAUUCCAGUCCUCAGGAUGUUGAGAGACGACUUGAGGAUUUAGCAAGGCAGCUGACAAGACUAGAGAGAAAAAUGGGUUGUGACAUUGCCAUGAUCCUGAAUAUCCUCCGCUCACAGAAUGUGGACGCCUCCCACUCUACACAGAUACCCUCCGACCCACGUGUGACCCCACCCGAUGGCAACCUCCCGCCUCCUCCCGACUACAACCAGAUCCAGGAGGAUGAUGAUACCUUUGGGUACCAGGAGGCCGCCGCGGACAAAUCAGGGAAGCCGCAGGAUUCCGCAAAAGACUCCAAGACGGUGAGUGACCCUGAGGACAGUGAGGAUGGGCCGUGGAAGCCCAGGACUGAUUGUGAUAUUGUUUCUCCGUUAUCAAAUAUUCCCACUAGUGACAAUUCCAUUUCCCCAUGUGAUCCAACAGACAGUACACAUUCAUCUUCAUUCAGCCAAUCACAAACUGUGUCUCCUCUGUCUGAGGCAGUUUCUCCAAUCAGCCAAUCAGAAGAUCCAGCUCAAUCUCAAAUCAGCCAAUCACAAUCCUCCACACUGUCACCAUCGACGCGUCGUCGUUUGGGUAUACCUGAUGGUGUGGAUAUGAGGAACACAGUUGUUUAGUUAUUUUGUUGUUAUUUCUAGUUGAUAGUGGUUCUAUGGCACUCCAACUUUAAAAUUGUUCUUAUCCAGACGUUGAACAAACUGUUGAUUUACAUGUGCAUGGCGGUGUUAGAUAUCUAUGUUCUGUUCACUACAUGGUUAGAAACUUAGAGAUAUCAUUUAAUAUUGCGAUAAUAAAAGUGCAUGUUCUUUGAAAAUAACAGUAAUAGUUCUUAAAAAACCUGUGCAGUUAUAAACAAGAAAAUAUUUCUGAGGCAUUAAAAUCACAAAACAAUAUUCUUCCAAAUUAAUAUUAAAGAUGUAUUCUUCUGAGGUUGUAUCUCAUUCCACUUUAAUGAUUAUGUAUUGUCAAAUUACUCCCAUUAAAUUAACGAACGCGAAUUGAUUUAGAAAAAUACACAAACCUCUGUAAAAUGUUUGAAAACUCUACAUAAUGACUUUUCAAAAACCUGGUCGAUAAUCUUCUACUCUGUGAACUUGUCUUCAUAUAAGAAAUCCCAGACACCUAAUCUUUGUUAUUGCUAUUUCAAUGUUUCAUAUCAACUACAGACAGUUAUUUAAAUGUGAAAUUUUUUUAAAAGCUCAUUUCCAUUUGAAUUUCUCGUGCAUAUCUUGUGAAAUUAAGAAACUGUUGUGAUAAAAAUGUUGAGAUAAGCAAUAUGAUAUUUUAAAGAUAAAGAAAUGAGAGUUAUAGACUGAAUUUAAGACAUACAUUUUUCAUAUAAAAUAAGGGACAUGAUCUAGUAAGUACAAUUUAGCAUUGUAGAAGAAUUCUUAAUUUAGAAAUUAAUUAAUAAUUAGAAUUCAUGGUUCCAAUUGUUAAAAAUAUUUAUCAUAUAGCAAGUACAAUGCAAGAGCACAUUUGAUAAUCUGUAUUAUAGUCAACUACUGAAAGACACUGUUCAGAAUGAAUUAAUGUAUUAUUCCACAAUUAACAAAAACAUAGGAAACGGACACCAUUACAAUGCAUGUAUCGUGACAUACUCACAAAGGUAUGCAAGGAAAAAAGCAGUAGGAGAGAUGUAUAUUUGGAUAAGAGUAAGAUUAUUGUAAAUGCUGUGCCACAUUGUUGGUUUUACCGUUAUGUUCAGUGACUUAUACGUAGUCUCAGUUCAUAUUGUUUUGCUUAAAAUUAAUUACAUUUGAUUAUUUGUUAUUAUUGUGCACAGAUGUGAGCCAGAUUACCUUUUCCCUUGUAAUGUUGGGUAAACUCGGGGUUGAUAUCCACGAUGAUUUGAAACUAAAACAAUGUAAUUGCAAUAAAAGACUUGCCCGACUAUUUCAAUUUAUUAGAAUAGGGCUCGAUUUUGAAAACCUGCAAAGUAACUCAAAUCAUUCUAAUUCAGCAGCCAUAGACUUAAAUAAAUAUUGCUCAACAGCCUUUGAAAACUAGGAAGACUAUUUGCAUUUAUUAAUUAUGCCUGUUUUUAGGUCACCUGAGCUUUGCUCAAGUGACCUAUUCUAAUCGCUUUCCGUCCGUCGUCUUCCGUCGUGCGUAAACUUUUUACAUUUUCAACUUCUUCACAAGAACCAGUGGAUGGAUUUUUGUAAAAUUUGGAUUCCUAACCCAACCCCAGCGACCAGGGCGGGGCCCCAAAGGGAAAAUUAACCAAUAUUUCAAAAAAAAUCUUCUUCAGACUCAGAGGUACUACACUCAUUUUCUCUACAUGGAAAGAAAGAUCAUCAGGGGCUUUACUUCAAUUGUAAAUUUCAGGAACCCCCAGCUAUUUGUUCUCCCUUGGGGGAGGGGGUAAAAUUUACUAUAGUUUAUAUAGGGAAAUAACACUUUUGGGUAUAUUUUGACAACUUUCUGUAGGA